CAACCGUUCGAUGCGGUGGUGUAUUUGGUGCUGCCUUCGUGUGCUCAAUUCGAAUUUUGAAUUUGUGUCUUCAGCGAUCUAUCGCAAUUUUUCGAAUGUAUUCGAUUAAUGUUAAUUAAAAAAAAUUCCACGGAAUUAAUUGCAAAAACUAAUAGAAACGAAUAUUUUUGCAAUUUUUUUUUUCCAAAUAUUUUCUCCGAAAUUGUUUGGAAAUAUAAGAAUGUAAAUAACGCCACUCCAAACGGCCAACGCAUAAAUUAUAAAUGAAUGAGUUGGUGUCCCUCAUCGAUGUCAAUGAAUUCUCAAACGUGUUCAUUAUACUGUCCCAACGUAAACUGAUACUUAUCAAGUGAGCGUGUAAUUUGAAAUUGACUACUUCAACAAUUUCGUGUGUGCUUUAUAUGCAAAUUUCUGCCAAUCAAAAGACAUAUAAGUGUUAUUGGAGGUGUUUAUUCCGAAAAAUAUGAUUUUUUUUUGUUUUUGAGAAAAAAAAAGUGAAAUGAAAUGAAUUUUUGUGUGAUCAACUUGAUAUUUCCUUAAAAGAAUGAAAACAUUUCGAAUGACAUUCAAAUGAUAAUGACGAUGGUGUUCAAACGAAAUUCGUGCACAUUGAUUGAACAUAAUUUAUAUCUAACGUAAAACGUUAAACGAAAACAAAAGGAUACUUAGUGAUUAUAAAACGAAGACCGUAACACUGUAUAUAUUCUGCAGAGCCAACGCCAGAACUGCAAAUACGCAACGUAAAUAAAUAUGCAGGCCAAACAUAACCCGAAUCGAAUUCACUUAAUGUGUGCAAGCAUGAAAUCCACAGAAAAUAAAUUGGUAAUGUCACAGCGAAGGUGUCACGGUGGUUUUUGUCACGUAUUUCCAGUUAGCCACAGUACAUUUAAGUCAUUGUUACUCAUUGGAUUUCUGCUGGUUGCAUUUAAUUGCUGUGUCAACGACACUGUGGCAUUCAAUUUGGAAAAUCGGUUGCCAAUUGUAAAGUAUGGCGAUGCCGAUACAUAUUUUGGUUAUUCUGUAGCCGGUCAUGAAAUUGGCGACGAUGAAGACGACAAUCCAACAGUGAAAUGGAUUCUAGUCGGUGCUCCGUUGGGUCAAAAUUUACAGCCGGGAACAAAUCGAUCUGGUGCACUAUUUAAAUGUCCAAUCACACAACAUACGAGCGAUUGUGAACAGGUCGUAACGGACGGUCGACGAUUAUCUGGCGGACGUUAUGAAUCCAUAAGCGAUGAUGUUGAUUUGAAGCCACCAUUGGAAAAACAGGAAAUUAAAAAUGGACAAUGGAUGGGUGUUACAGUCCGUUCACAAGGACUAGCCGGAAAAGUUUUAGUUUGCGCACAUAGAUACAUCGUGAAGACGGGCGAAUCACAACACGGUCAAGGAUUAUGUUAUGUACUUACGAAUGAUCUCAAUUUUGACGAAACGUACGAACCAUGCAAAGGACGAAGUACCCAACGCGAACACGAGGAGUAUGGAUAUUGUCAAGUUGGAACAUCAGGAGCUCUAAUGGAGGAUGGUACAUUGAUUUUGGGGACGCCAGGUCCGUUCACUUGGCGUGGCACGAUCUUUGUGAUUUCAGGCGAUGGCGAUUACUUGAAACGAGACAAAAAUCAUUAUUACGGACCUCAUCUCGAGCAUACGUCACCGGUUGAUAAAUACAGUUAUUUAGGCAUGGCUGUAACUGGUGGUCAAUAUUACGGAGACUAUACAUCAUAUGCUGCUGGUGCUCCUCGAUCGAAUGACAACGGACAAGUUGUAAUUUUUUCCAAAUCAUAUCCAAUGUCAAACAAUAUUAAUGUCAUAAUGAAUGUGUCGCAAAUUUUCGAUGGUGAACAAUUCGGUUCAAGUUUCGGCUACGAACUUAUAACGGCUGACAUAAAUGGAGAUCAAUUGGACGAUCUAAUUGUGGCCGCACCAUUUUACUUUGGUAAAAUUGAAGGCGGAGCAGUUUAUGUGUAUCAAAAUGAAAAUCAUCAUUUGCCAUCAAAUUAUACGACAAAAUUAACUGGAAAAUUGGAGUCACAAUUUGGAAUGGCAAUGACCAAUAUCGGUGACAUAAACAAGGACGGAUGUGAUGACAUCGCAAUCGGUGCCCCUUAUGAAGAUAAUGGUGUUGUUUACAUAUUUUUAGGAUCAAAGAAUGGUCUAACGACAAAACCGUCACAGGUCAUUACACCAUCGGUGCUCAAUCUUGAGACAAUCAAAACAUUCGGUAGCUCAUUAUCGGGAAGAGUUGAUUUUGAUGAUAACUCGUAUCCAGAUUUAUUGAUUGGUGCUUAUCGCUCAUCAGCUGCGAUUGCCUUACUUUCACGACCAAUUACCAAUAUACGAACACACGUUGAAGGCAUUGAACUCAAAAAUAUUGAUCCGAAUAAACAAGGCUGUGGCAGAGAUAUGCAUAGUAAUUUAACUUGCUUUACAUUUGAAGCAUGCUGCUCAAUUUCACCGUAUUUAUCAUCGAAUGGAAAAAUUCUUAAAUUGAUCUAUACAAUCGAAGCUGAAACAUUCAAUAACAAACGGAAAUUUUCACGUGUAUUUUUUGGAGCGGACAUGAAGAGCCGAAGCAACGUUGUCAAACGAACCAUUAACGUGCAAGUCAACGAUCAAAAACAUUGUCAGUUUGAAACAGUUUAUAUAAAGGAAAAUACACGUGACAUUCAAAGUCCGAUUCAUUUUCGAUUGAAUUACACAAUCGCUGAGUCAUCGCAGAGCACAUUAACAGCACUCAAUCCCAUUUUGGACCAAACUCAAGCAGAUCGAUCAUUUGAAGCCAGUUUCCAAAAGGACUGCGGUGCAGACGAUUUGUGUCAAUCGCAAUUGGAAGUUUAUGCCGAAUUAGAAUUGGACAAAGAAGAUGACGAGUACAACUUAGUAUUAGGACAAUCAGACGAGUUGCGUUUGAAUGUGAGUGUAACGAAUGAACAAGAGUCCGCUUAUGAAGCGCAAUUAUUUGUUGAACAUCAAAAAAGCGUUACAUAUAUUAAUGACAAAGGUCAAGGUAUUUGUAAUCAAUUUAAUGAAACAAUCGUUGCGUGUACACUGGGAAAUCCAUUCAAACGGAAUGCAUCGAGAAAUGUUGUGCUUCGUUUCAAUCCAAGUGCCUUGGAUGAUUCAGAACCUCGUCUAUCGUUCAAAGUUUUUGCAAAUUCCACAUCAAAACAACUGAUUCCACGUGAAAAAUCAGUUUUGCUUGUGAAUGUCAUCAAGAAAGCCGAACUCAGCAUUCAGGGACUCCGGCAGUUGCCAGAGCAAUCCUUCUAUGGUGGUGGAAUUGUUGGCGAGAGUGCAAUGAAAUACAUUGAAGACACCGGAACAGCAGUGCAACACACAUAUCUCAUUUAUAACGAAGGUCCAUGGCGUGUACCUUUGGUCAAUGUACGAAUUCAAUGGCCUCAUCAAGUCGCAAAUGACAAAGAGAAAGGCAAAUGGUUGUUGUAUCUCGCUGAUAAAAUUAUAAUCGAAGGUGCUCAAGGUGAAUGUUCCACUAACGAAAUAAAUCCAUUGCAUCUCGAUAAACGUCCAAAUCCGAUGGAUCUUGCCGGCGAACCAGCCGAAUUAAUGGAUUACAGAAGCUAUCUUCCCAAGAAUAAAUCGCAUUCAAUGUUUGCUGAAAGUUCAGAAAAACGAAUACAAGACGCUAAAAAACCGAGUGGCAGUACAUUGAAUCGAGUUAGACGAGAUCAUGCGCUUAUCAUCCGGGCCGAACGAUUAGUCGAUAAAGAUGGAAAGAAAGCGGAUAUUGUUACAAUGGAUUGUGAUAAAAAGACAGCAAAAUGUAUUACGAUAAAUUGUGCACUUUAUAACAUACAACGAAAUGGAGAGGCAUACAUCUAUAUAAAGGCUAGAUUAUGGAAUUCAACGCUUGUUAGCGAUUAUCCACGUGUUGAUUUGGUGAAAAUCGUUUCGUCAGCUCAUAUCUCGAUACCGGAUAUCUAUAACAUUAAACAAAAAAAGAAGGACGACCAAGCAACGGUAUCUACACACGCAUAUCCCGAUUUACAUGAGCAACCAGGCGAUGGUUCCAUUCCAAUCUGGAUAAUAAUUGUAUCAAUAGUUGGCGGUUUAUUACUGUUGGCUCUAUUUUCGUAUUGCUUGUGGCGAUUAGGUUUCUUCAAAAGACGAAGACCGGACCCAACGCUUAGUGGCAACCUGGAGAAAAAUAGCGAAAGUAAAAUGCUGCUAAAUCGAAAUCGAUGAACAUUAGCGAUGACGACUAAGAUAUUUUAAUAAAUCAGUCAUGUAAUACAUGCGUCCAGCGUUAGACAUUUUCCUUGCGCCAUAAAUUAAAAGGGAAAAUAAAAUAUUUGUGAUAUAUGUAAAUUUCUUUUUAAAAAAUUAAAAUCUAUUAGCUAAUCUAUUAUAGUUUCUUUCUUCUAUAAAGAUGUACGAUUAGUUUUUUUAGCAUUGAAUCAUAAAUCGAUUUAUUUGUAGACUCAAUUUAAAUUACAUUACAGGUGCCUGUGCUUAUUACUUUGAUAAGUUCCAUUUGAAUUAGUUGUAUGCUUUAGAAAUGAAUUUAUAUAUUAAAAAAAACAUAAGCUCAUGUAACCCCGAAGAUGUUCAAUUUUAUAAGAAGGCCAAGCCAUUUCAGACUGAUGCAUAUUUAUGUCCAUUUCGACAUUGUUUCCGAUUAUCAAGUACAUCGAAUCAAAUAUGUAUGUUUCAGAAUUGUCACUUAGAAAUACAACUAAAAUAGAUCAGUACCAAUUUAAUGGAAUGGAGAAGAGUAUUAGGACGAUUUCAAUUAAAUAAAUAAACUUAAAAUCGAGUCAAUAAAUAUGGAAUGGAAGAAAAUCUCGACAAGUGCUCGAUUUUCUUUUUAUUCUUUUAUAUCAUU